AAUAAAAUUACCCAUAAAAACUUGUAGACAUUAUCAUAAUAUAAAUAACUGGGACAAAAAGUUUAUAAACUUAUCUUGAAAAGUUUACAUCGAACCACAAUGGGUAAAAGUGGCUUCCUGUUAUCGUUGAUGGUGUUAGGAGUGGCGAUUGGUUCCAGCAUGGCACUGCAAUGCCUCAAGUGCGGGCUGUACAAUGAUGGGGUUGGUUCCAUCACACCCUGUAUAAACUCCACCUAUAUGGAGUUGAUUGAUUGCCCUUCGAAGGAUCACAAAUAUUGUAUUAAAUACAUGAGCGAAGGAUCCAUAGUUCGAGAUUGUGUUGCUGACUGCACUGAAAAAGAUAAUUGGAGCUCAAGAUCAUUCUGCUGCAAAGAAGAUGGUUGCAACGCAUCACCACGUGGAGUUGAAUCAACGCCAUACUUGUAUUUCCUUGGAGCUGUGGCAACGCUACUUAGCGGCAGCGCCAUCUCUACUUACGGAGCGCACACAACGCACUGAAAUGAGUGAGCUAUCGGUAUCGACCAUCGGCAACCACAUAACCACUCAAAAUUUUCCGCACUUGAACAUGCCCACUCAACCGAACGCAUAACGAAACUAACAAAAACAUGACAAUUAUCAUCAAUACAAAAUUUUCCGAAAUAAUAUCAGAAACAAAAGAAAAGCAAAAUAAACUCGUUGAAAAAGAUUUAACUAGUCUUCCUUAUAAAAGCAAGUACGGCUCUGUGUCAAAAUAAAUUCAAAGCAACUCUUUAAAUCUUCCCAAAAAUAGUCACGCAUUCCGUGUGUGUGCGUAGAACACACUGUAUCAUCUACAAUAUACAGAGCAAAUUUGAAUCUUUCGACAUUUAUUGAAUUGCAUUAUUGAAUCUUAGGUUUAAGAAAAGAAAAAACAACAAAAAAUGAGAAGAUGAAAACACGUAUAUUCUAAAAUUCGUAAUUCUAAUUAAUUAGCGAAACCAAAGUUACAACAAGAAGAAGAUAAGCAAAGCAAACAAGUAAACACAAAUGUAAUCAACAAGUAAAAAAAGCGUAAAAAGUAAAAGCAAAAAUAAUCGUACGUAAGGAGAAAAUAAAGCAGCGACGAAGCAUUAGACAGAAAUCGGAUUGAUUAAAUUAAAGUAUUUAAACAUUAAAGUAUCGAACUAUAUUUAGCAGAUAGAAACUAUUUGAAUAUAAAUAUAUAAAUAAAUAUAUAUAUAAAUAUAAUUAAUUACCUACUUAUUACUUAAAUAUAUUCGCAAAAUUAUCAAGUAUGGCGUACACAGAUUCAAACAAACAAAUAAUUGAGUAACGAAUAUAUGAAAGUCUAAAUUCAAUAUGGCGAUCGAAGUGCACAAGUGAAUAAUGUCGACGUUCGUGGUUCAUUUGUUUUACAAACGACGCACGACGAGUGAAAUAAUCGCAUUGCACUUGACGCCAAUCGAGCAUUUAAUUAAUUAAUUGAUUAAUGCGUUAAUUAACUAAUUAAUUAUAUAUACAUGCUGGUUUUGAAUGUUCCGAGCGUAAUAUGAAGCGAUCAAUAUCAACUUCAAACAGAAGAAACAAAGUUAUUCCUUGAUUAGCAAGAAACGUGUGUGAAUUGAGGAAUUCAUGCAAAACUAAUCAGAGAAGAUGAAAAAGAAACGGAAAAAUGUUUUGUUGCAAAGUUUCUUUUGUGCGUUUUGUUAUUAUUUGUAUGGUUUUAUUCUAAGCUAGGCAACCAACCGUACCAGGCACAAAGCAACACACAAAACAAUCGAACGAAACCGAACAAAAUGUUAUUCACUCGAAAUCAUUAUGUCUUAUCGGAUUUGCAAGUCCGUUUGUUAAUUUUCUCACUAUUUCUAUUUUUAUAUUAAGCACCAAAGCAAUCUGCUAUUUUUCUUGCAAUUCAAUUGUUUCGUAUAUAACAUAAUGUUUGCAUCGACACGCAAUAAGCGAAUUAAACAGCUGAAAACUUUAAACACUCGAAACUCGCAACUGGAAACUGGAAAUUCGUUAGAUGUACGUUCGGAAUCGUUCGAGAAGUUCGAGAAUUAUAAACGAAUUACACGCGAAUGCAAUUUACGAGUAAAUACGCACACCAGCAGCACCAAAGCAUUCGCGGUUCGUAAAACAUUCGGAACAAGAACAAGAGCGAGUGUACGUAACACGCAUAACGGAUAAGAUGGCGGAAUGAAGAGACGAUAAUUUGAUAACAAGAUAAAUGAUAAGAGCAUGAGACGAUACGAUGACAAACAGCAGCGCACGAAUUCACUUUACGGACGAAACAAGAAAACAAAAGAAGACGGAGAUCGCGAGUGGAGUGCAAAAAGAAAAUUGAGAUGUUUGCAUGAGUUAAACUUUUGUUGUGUUGUCUUUGUGUUCUUAACCCAACUCGGACAAAUUCUGACAGCAUGCUGUUGAUAAAUUGCGAAUGCAUGACGUUGCAAUUUGCGAAAAAACGACGUAAAGUGACAAAACAAUUUUUAUAUUUUUGAAACAUAUUUUUUCUAAUAUAAAUGUUUCUUCUGAUUGAAGUUUUGAAAGUGAAACGAAAGUUGUUUAUAGACCAUUGUGAAUCAUCUAUCUCUUUAACAUUAACAUACUAGGUUAGGUUUUGGGUAGGCAACCAAACGCGCUCGUGCGUUUUUCAGUAGCACUACGAACGUACGGUAGGUUAAUUUUAGAUGAUUAUCGCACUCUUCGCAUAAGAAAUGCAUAAGAACGCUUUAUUAUACAUAUAAUACCACCUAUGCCACCGUACUCACACGUGAGGGAAGCCUAACCACACUACUAACAUAAUCUACAACACCUACUACAAUUCGUAUAGAAAACCACACUGUAGGUUUUUUUUGUUAGAGUAAAAUUUUAAUCAUUUAUACCAAUUGAAGCAUCAAAAACUAUAAAGAGCAAUAUAAACUUUGAAAAAUAUAUUAGUACGAAUAUAUUUUAUGUAAUAAAUUAAUUAUUAUGUUUUACUGGUUGAAACAAAGCUUCAAAUGUGAUUUAAAACUUAGAAAGUUAUAAAUAUUGAACAAGAAUGAUGUAAUAGGUCUACAUACAGUGUGUUCAUAAGAUCUAUUGCAUAAAAUUUGCACGUUUCUUUGAAUUUAAAGCCAAAAAAACUAAAAAAUUACAAAAAACACAGCCAACAACACAAACAGCACAUAAUUCGUUAUUGUAAAGCUUUAAUAAACCUUAUAACCCAAAAAUUUAAUUAUUAAGUGUUACCGGUUAUGAUAUAUGUUAUUUUGUCUUGAUAAUUAUAAAUAAUUGCCAAAAUUGUAUUAAAAUUUAUUGCAAAAUGUUUCCAAAUUGUAACAACGUGACACUCUGUAUAAUGUUUUAUUAUAGUGUUAAGUCUCUGUUAACAGUAUCAAAUUAUAUAAAUUAGUGAUGUAAUUUGUAAAUUAAACUAUUCGAAUUAGUUGAUUUCGAUGAUAUUUAUGAUAAUUAUGAAAAUUGUGACGAUUAAAUAUCCAUUAUUUCAAAAAAAA